AUUUAUAUUUGAAGUUAAAGUAAACAAUAUAUGGGUCAGACUGGUGUACUGCAGGAGUAUAAUAUACUCUAAGUACCACUAAUGAAAAUCUCUAUAUAAACCAUAAAUUAAAUCAAGUUUAAAGUAUGAUAAUACAUCCUAACCUCUAAUAAAUAAACCACACAAAUCUUGAAUUUUAAUUUAAAACAAAUAUAGUAAAAUAUAGUGCGACAAUUAACAAUCCCUUUCUAAACCAAAAUCUGAAAUUUGAUAUAAUGAAAAACAAUAGUUACGCCCGAAAACAGUUUGGACUUUGGACAAAUAGGGAGCGAGCCACUCUCGGAUCCAAACGAGAAGUAUGCGUACGCUUUUGUCUCUGCCUUUUCCUCAUCAGCAGCUCGCUUCCAUUUCCCCAACAGAAGAAUUUCCGUCCGGCGCCUUCUGAUGCUUCUUUGUGCUCAACAAUGGCGGGACUCUAUGGCGACCCCGUUGACGUCUUCUCCAACAGGGAUGCUCCCUCUGUUCCUCAAUCUUCUUCCUUGAUAAAGAACCACAAGUUUUGUUCCGAGCCAUUGCCUAUGGUUGUCAUCCGUGAUUCUUCUCCAACCAACAGCGCUGAUUUCUCAAUUUUCCCUCCAAGCAGCCAUGAAAAUCUCACACCUUCAUCCUCCCUUUCCGGUUACCAGUUGCCGCAGCACUUCUCCUCCGCUCUUCUCAUUAAAAAUACGGACCCGGAGGAGGCGCCGCCGCUCUUAGCCUCACCGAUCUCUUCCCUCUUGUAUCCCCCGUCCAAUUCAAGCCCAUCCUCGUCCGAGCAAUUCGAUUCCGACCCAGACGGAUCAUUUCCGCAGUCUCCGCUAUCGUACUGCUCGUCGGAAGUUGACCUCCCACCUUCGCCUCUUCCCGAUUCAGCGGCGCCCAGAUGGUGGGGAGUCGCUCUUCAGAUUAUCCGAACCAAGUUUUGUAGUUGCAAGGUUGUUUGGACGAUCGGGAAUGUUGGGCUUACGGUUGCGGCGGCGUCUGUAAUGUGGUGGUGGUUGAGAGAGAGAAGGAGGAGAAGCCUACAGCGAAGUAAUAGCGUUGGACGGUUGCUGCAGAUCACGAGAGAGAAAGACGAGAAAAUAGUUGAGCUCCUAAAUCAAAUAGCUCAGUUGAACAAGUUAUUAUUAGGACGUCACAAAUCAUAGCAGGGAGGCAAGUGAUGUAAGUGAGAAAGAAGAGGAAGAAGCAAGAGUUCAGCGCCGCUUCCCUGAGUCCUGACUAGAGAGCAAAGCUAAGCUUGUUUGUGCUAAAAGUAUAUAUUAUCUAUCCUAUUGGAUGUUUAUUUGUUAGCGGGUUGAGAGGGAGGGAGGCAUGGCAUCAAUCAGUCUUUCAUCAGCCUAGAAGAGGAGUCGGUUGCUUGUUAGUACUCUGCAUUUCACCAUUAGCGUGCAAACGGGAAGGCCAGGAGAAAGGGAAUAAUGAGGAGGAGAGCAUGUAGGGCAGCAAGAGUUGCCGUACGUAGCUGUAUUCAUCAAUCAUCCAUCUCGCUUCUGGUUACCAAAGCAACUACAGGUUGUGGCGCUGGCCACUGAGCCACUACCAUGCAAUGCAACACAUCUCCUCCAAGUAUGUAUAUCAUCAACCAUUCAACCUAUAUAGUGAUAGUAUACAUGUGUCAAGGCAAGAGCCCAGAUAAAUGCUCAUUUUCGCUUUUAUUAGUUUUUCGUUUUGGGUUUGGUUGAAUUGGCAAUGAAAGAUGGAGCAUGUUGUCUUUCGAUUUGUGUUGUGGGUCGCUGUUAGCAUGAUUUGACUGUGGUGAAUUGGUGAUCUCCCUGGCCUCUUCUGAAUCAAACAUGUUGUAAAUUACUCUUGCUGCUAUGUACAAGAUGGAUCUCAGGCUCUGCGCUUACAAGUAGCACAGUUUUGUUUUCUGAACAUCUCUCAUGCACUUCGUUGGUGUCAAAAAUUAAGACCAAGGAAUAGGCGUACAAGCAAGCUGAAGACCAGUUCCGAAGGAUGCAACAUUACCCAGAAGCCAAGGUGCCAACGAAAAGAAGCAACAAACAAGGAAGCCAGGCACUCCUCACCUUCACAUCAGCAGAACAAGUGAUCGUCAGACGAAUCCUGCUACGACUUUGAAACCAUAACAUAUGGAAUCAACUGACGGUGACAUUCGUGCCAAUAAUGUAUUUUCGAGAGUGACUCGAGUCAUUUGAGAACGAGACAACCAGUCUUUUUAUUUUGGGAGGGGGGCUCCUGCUGUGUUAUAUAUGCGAAGCGGUUGUCUUCCAGACAUUAGCGGCCGAACCCUCUUGUUUUAUUGAAGAAAGCCAGGCAAGUCCGAGUCUUGGUAUCUCCUUGGACUAAGCCUAGUUCGCCCUAGGCUUUGGGAGAGAAAAAGUCAUGUCUUCUGCAAUACCCAUUCUUAACCUUGUGUUGGACUUGGACACUUGGGUUGUAUUGCCAAGUCCCAAAUGUUGGGACUUGGGAUCUAUCUAAGUAUGGACCAAAGGUUGGUUACUUCCAUAUUUUUAGUUAUUUACCGUACAGGAAGAAGAACAUGGGUUCACGUUCGAUAUACAGAAACAAAACAACAUUAACUAU